UUUGGUGGAAACUAUACCCUCUGGUAUGUUUGUAUCGUCCAAUCUUUGGCCGUGGCAGCACUAACUGCCCAUCUAGUUGGGAUCUCUUCAAUGGGUUACUUCCUGGUAUGGCAUGGGGAAAACCUCAGUUCAGAGCAAGUUCAACAUACCCGGUAGAAUUGCCUGGGCAACCAUGGAGAUCCCCGGAUUUACUACCCUCUUAUAUAUCAUGAGCACCCUUCCAGCUCAACACGGCAUCGAAGACCUACCGUGGCAGAACAAGGUCCUUGCUGGCUUAUUUGUCAUUCACUAUACUUACCGCGCUGUCAUCUUCCCCAUCAUUCAGCCGUCUAUGUCUCCCAUCCACGUGCUCGUCUGGAGCAAUGCUAUCAUGUUCCAAAUAUGCAACGCCACUUGCAUAGGUAGCUGGUUAGCCGCAUAUGGUCCAACCACCCAGGAAGAGUGGAGAGCUCAGAAUUGGUCUGUUCUACAAUUCUCGUUCGGUCUAGUUCUCUUCUACGUUGGGCUUACCGCAAACUACUUUUCCGACGAGGAGCUGCGAGAGAUACGCCGAAGCGAGCUUCGACGCCAAGCAAAGUUAAAGCAACAGGGCAAAACCGUCGAAAAGCAUUAUGAAGUCCCGCAAAAUGGUUUAUUCAAAUACAUGCUUUAUCCUCACUAUUUCGUGGAAUGGGUCGAAUGGCUUGGAUACUGGAUCGCCGCCGGUUUUUCCUGCACCCCUGCAAGAUGCUUCUUACUCAACGAAAUUUUCGCUAUGCUACCCCGGGCUGUGUCUGGUGGGAAGUGGUAUAAGCAAAAGUUUGGAGAAGAUAAAAUCAAGGGGAAAUACGUCAUCAUUCCCGGGGUCUAUUAACAGCCCCUUAGGGCAUAUGGUUCAGGGUCUUCGGUUGUUGCGUCCAGUCUCCGGCUAAGCGAAUGGUUCAGCUACGAACGGACAGCUCCUACCUAUGAUUUGAGGAAUCCUUAUUAAUCAGAAGUUUUAUAGUUGUUUAACCCUACUCUCUAUUCUUCUUCAAUUCUAUCCCACCCUAGGUACUUAGAAUGACGGCUAGGCAAUGGACUAAUCACUAAAUGUUCUAUGUUACAUAAAAAGCUCUGAAACCAGAUAGACACGAGAUUUUUACAAUAUAAUCCGCGUCUUUUCCGUUAAGAGCCCCUCGGUAUACAGUUACAUACAGGUAUAUCGGAGCAGUCACUCUUCUUCUAGGCCUAACUGCUUUCUGAGCACCAGGCGUGCUUCCUUUUAUGUCUGAGAACUGAUCUAGCAUUUCCCUUUGAAAAUUUUGUUAACAUAACAACGUCUUUGUGUAGAACAACUCGUUAACUGAAUUGUCCGGUUACGCUGGUGGCGUUGGGAUAUGAAGACAAGUUGCUGUACAAUAAUAGCAGUGAGACGACUCUUAUAAAUAUACGCAUGUAAAGAGCUUACCGAGAGUGUAAAUUGUCAAAAUUCAAGUUGCAAUCUCAAUCAACCCUUUUGAAUAUUUUAUGAC